GGUCAAUUAGGCGCAUCGGCACGCGGUCAGGUGCUUGCGCGACUGCCUGAUGGAACAGGAACGCGCCACUAGGCACACAAGUCCACUGUUACCUAAGCUCUAUUAGCUAAAGGUACCUACCUACAUGUCACUUACAUCUUCUAGGCAGAUGCCGUUGUCUUAUGGAUCAAUUUCAACGCCAUCUCAGUAAAGUUCCCUUAUUAUGAGUCUUCUCAUAAAACUAAAACCAAGGUCUAUGGCCUGAUAGUUUACGACUUCUAUUUGCCUUCGUCUUUCAUCCCAUUUCAUUUCAUCAUUAAUUCCGGCUGGUAACCCUCAAUAUCAUCUCACAAUGGCGGACAAGGAGGCUACAGUAUAUAUCGUUGACCUCGGGUCGUCGAUGGGCGAUUGUCAUAAUGGUAGGAUCGAAUCCGAUCUCGAUUGGGGUAUGCGCUACGUAUGGGACAAGAUCACCACAACCGUUGGUGCGUCGAGGAAGACAUGGGCCGUCGGAGUUGUUGGUGUGAGAACCGACGAGACCAACAAUCCUAUACAAGAGCAAACCGGAGAAGGCUAUGAGAAUAUAUCUAUUCUGCAGGAGCUUGGACCGAUGAACCUAACCAAUCUACGCGAACUACAAGACCUUAUAAAGCCUAGUGAUACUGAUACUGGCGACGCUAUCUCGGCCAUAAUAGUGGCCGUGGAGAUGAUCGAGAAGUAUACUAAGAAGCUGAAGUACAAGCGGAAAAUCAUCCUGGUGACAAAUGGCGAGGGCCCUGUUGACCCUGAUGACCUCGAUGACAUAUCAGCAAAGAUCAAGAAUUGCGGUAUUGAACUCGUCGUCUUAGGUGUAGAUUUUGAUGAUGCCGAGUUCGGAUUCAAAGAAGAAGAUAAGUCAAGCCAAAAGAGAAUAAACGAGGGGCUACUCAAAAGCCUUGUUGAUAAAUGCGACGGGUUAUAUGGCACCAUGGCAGAAGCCAUUGAUGAGCUCGAGAUGCCAAGAUUAAAACCUGUCAGGCUGUAUAAGACGUACGAUGGAGAACUCACUCUUGGAAACCCUCAGGAACACCCGGAUGCUAUGAGCAUCAGCGUGGAGCGGUACUUCAAGACACAUAAGGCGACAGUGCCGGCAGCCAGCCGAGUAAUACUCAAGACCGAUCCUAGUCCGUCUCAAGCUGCCGAGGGUGACGAAAUAGAAGGCGUAGAGUUCACAAACGGAUUUUCUGCGGUUAAGAAUGCUCGGACAUAUAAAGUCAAUGAUCCCGACGCGCCAGGAGGCAAACGGGAUGUCGAGUUCGAAUCAUUGGCAAAGGGAUAUGAAUAUGGGAGAACGGCCGUACACAUCAGCGAGUCCGAAUACAAUAUCACAAAGCUUGAGACUACAAAAUGCUUCACUAUACUAGGGUUUAUACAUCAAGAGAAGUAUGAACCAUUCUUCAAUAUGGGAGAGGCGUGUCAAACAAUCCCUCAGAAACUAAACGAUGCUGCCGCACUUAAACUCUCAUCAUUCAUACACUCCCUCCAGGAACUUGAAUCCUAUGCAGUAGCCCGGAUCGUAACAAAGGAUGGAAAGGAACCAUCCCUCAUUCUACUUGCGCCCCACAUCGAACCCAACUUCGAGUGCCUAUACGACGUACCCUUACCAUUUGCCGAAGAUGUCAGAAACUAUCAGUUCCCCCCUCUCGAUAAGGUGAUUACUGUUACUGGUAAUGUCAAGCGCGAAGACCAUCGGCUUCUGCCCAGUCAGGAGCUGUCGGAUGCCAUGGAUGACUACGUGGACGCUAUGGAUAUCUCAAGCUGGGCAAAAGAUGAUGACGGUAACCGUACCAUGGAAUAUGCUCCCGUGGAGGAUGUGUUUUGUCCUCCUAUCCAUCGUAUUAACCAGGUCGUCCGACACCGAGCAAUCUAUUCGGACCAGCCGCUUCCUCCAGUUGCUCCCAUUUUACUCAAAUAUUCAAACCCACCUGAAGAUUUAGUAAUCAAGGCCAAAUCGAAGCUUGAAGACCUUAUAGCUGAAGCUAAUGUCAAGAAAGUACCGCCCAAAGCGAAGGGCCGACAACGAAAGGGGACCAAGCCUGAGCCAAUCUCGGGUCUCGAUAUCGACGCACUCCUCAGCCAGCCUCAGAAUAAGCGUAAGAAGAUCAACCCCGAAAACGCCAUUCCCGAGUUCAAGCAGAUGGUUGAAUAUGCCAACGACGAGCCCGAGAUCGAAAGCGCUGCGAAGCAGAUGGGCAGCAUCAUUCGCUCGUUAAUCACGAACAGCUUGGGAGACAGCGGGUACGACCGUGCUAUAGAAAACCUCGGCGUGUUCAGGGAUACUAUGGUUAAGUGGGAGAUGCCGGCCUUGUACAACUCGUUCCUGAAGGACUUGAAGAAUCGUCUCCUCUCUGGAGAGCUUGGCGGCGAUAGGAGGGAGUUAUGGUGGCAGAUGAAAGGAGCUAGAGCUUCGUUAGGUCUAAUCGAUCAGAGCCUAUCUGAGCCGUCUAAUGUAACCCCUGAGGAAGCCGCAGAGUUCUUCAAGAAGUAAUGCUCGCCGUAGCAUUUGGAUUCCAUAAUGCAGUGAGGCAUAUAAGAGUGUCUGGAGUCCUGGUUUGUCGGAGCCAAGCCCUUUAGAUAUCGGCAGUAUUUAUGAAGAGGAAAAGGUGUGUAGUGGUUGGCAUAGCUUUGUAGGUUGCCCAGAGAGUUAUUUCAAAUUGCUAUUUAGGAGUUAUGGCGUAUGAAAUCAGAGUGUCUUGCUUGCUUAAUGACUUUAGGUAGGUAAGGAAUAGCAAACCUUUGACAUAUAUUAGUAGGGUGUAUCAUCAACUUAGACCAGUGGAGGCGAUAUGUUUUUCUCCUCAAGUGGCAAGAGUCUAGAAAACUUCAACAUUAGUAUCACUGACCUAAUUACUUCAAUACACCAUCGCGGCGAUCCGUUCAACCUACUUUAUCU